AUGCAAGAUAUACAUCCGAUCGGCGGCGGUGGAGGACGGUUUUUUGGUGGUGGAGGAGACAGGAGGUUAAGGCCUAACAAUCACCAAAACCAGCAAGUUUUAAAGUGUCCACGUUGUGAUUCUCCAAACACAAAGUUCUGUUACUAUAAUAACUACAAUCUUUCUCAGCCGAGACACUUCUGCAAAAGUUGCCGGAGAUACUGGACUAAAGGAGGAGUCCUCCGUAACGUUCCCGUCGGUGGUGGCUGCCGGAAAAGCAAGCGUUCAAAACCAAAGCCCGCUCCUCCUUCCGACGCUGCUGCCGAAGCUGCCGACGAGGCUUCGGAGGAACAUAAGUCAAACUCUAAUUCUAGCAGUGAAAGUUCCAGCCUUACUGCAACCACAACCGCCGCCGCAGCAGCGAAUACCUCCGGUGCUGCCACCGCUGAGGUUGUGUCGGCAGCUUCUUCAAACUCAGCUUCAACUUUUCUCAACUUUCACGAAUCCAACUUCUUCCUACCUACUAGUACGAACUCAAGCUUUGAUCAUCAGCCAUUAAUAGAUCAUUCUGCCGAAGGCCAUAUUUUCCAGGACAUUGGGAACUUUACGAACCUGAUGACGUCGUCGAACGAUCCAUCGGUAGUAGGGUUUAACAUGAUGGAGAUGCCGGCGUACCGGUUGCCGGAAAACCAGAACUCAAAUGAGCAUUGGAAUCAACCGGCGAAGAUGGUGGGAACAGAUCAGCCGGUUAAUGACUUGAAGAUGGAACAAAUGGAUACUGGUUUCAUGAAUCAAACGGGUCGGGUCGAGUUUGGGUUACAGCAGAGCAGGGUAAACAACAAUGAGAUCGCUCCACUAGAUUGGCAAACUGGAGGUGGGGGUGGAGAUGGUGAACAUGGGCUGUAUGAUUUAACGGGAACCGUUGAUCAAUCUUACUGGAGUCAAACACAGUGGAGUGAAAAUGAUCAUUCCCUUAAUUUUCUCCCUUGA